AUGCCGUCGAAAACAUUGGAACUACACAUUUGGGGUCGGGAAAGCGAAGUAGCGCUAAUUGAUCCCGAAUCGCGUGCAUGUGUAUGGCUUCUUUUUCUCCAUUUGACGCCGUUUAAUACCCAGUUCAGUGUGAUUACGUCGUGCAAUACUAAUCUUGCCGACACUCGCAAACUACCGUUGUUGGUGGUGAAAAAUGGGAAUGAAAUAAUGAAACACGAAGGGUUUUACUCGAUUGUCGAGUUUGUUUCCACGUUGCACCCUGCAGAUCUGAAGUUCAUCCCCAACACAAGAAUGAACUCCACCGAGCUGCUAGUGAACCUCACGCUCACAAAAUACAUUCAAGAUACAUUUCACUACAUUAACCAGUACAAUUUGUACGUCAAUACCCGCAAUUACGAGCUCUACACACGCAAGAUGUUCUCUUCUUUGUUACCUUUUCCAAUGUACUACAAUCAGCCAUUGAAGUUCCAUACCCACGCUUGUGAUCAGGUGAAAGUAGUGGGACUCUCCUCUAGUCUGGCUGGCUUCUUGGGCUUAUCUGGUGGUGUCCCUGAUACUGACUUUGAUGAAGAAGAUGAGUCAAACACUGUUGCGAUAAGCGCACUACACGAGAAGGUCUUGUUAGCCAAGGAUAAGGACCGGACUCUUCUACGAGAGUCCAGAAUGACCAUCCGUUGUCUCAAUCUUUUGGAUGGUUAUGUGAGCCAUGUCAUGGCCUUGUUCAAGGAAUUGAAUCCAGACUCACCUGUUGAGUUUGCCCAUUUGUUCCGCCCUGCAAAGAUUAGUGCCUCAGAGCUCUUGCUUUAUUCAUAUAUAUAUUCCAUGACCCAUGACGUUCUUCCCGAUCGGUUUGUAUGGAAGUAUUUGAGCGAGAAGUUUCCACCCUUUGCUCGCUUUUCGGCCACGAUUACAGAAGCACUCAAUGAGUCAAUUGUCAAGGAUCAUUUCCGGGCUGCUCGCGAUGCAGAAAUUCCCAGUUUGUGGAACGAACUCAAGUUCAUGGCUCCCUCUUUGAAGUGA